GAUGACUGACAGCUGUGAUCAGCAUCCCGAGACGAUGAAUGAAUCAUCCUCAGACGACGACUCUGUCAGCUUGUUGCAGAAUCAUAAUUACUUCCAAAGCAGAGGAGAAGUAGCUGAAGAAGUAGCCAUGGAGAUAAGUGAUUUAGAUCCACAGGUCGGCAACAUAAGGCAAGAAGAGGAAGUGGAAAUAAGCGGACUCAAUCCACCUGAACCAGAGAUCUGCAGCAGGACACAGGAUGCAGCAGGCUGUGAUAAAUCUACGACUCAGUCAGCAAAUGUCCUGCCAAGUGUGAAACUCUCCAAAAAUAUCCGGCUUAACAAGAGAAACGAAAAGGGCGAGACUCUUCUGCACAGAGCGUGCAUGAAAAAAGAUCUGCCAAUGGUUGGAGCGCUCAUCCAGGCCGGGAUCAGCAUCAACACAGAGGAUUACGCAGGCUGGACGGCCCUCCACGAGGCUGCAGCUGUGGGUAAUGCAGCUGUGGUGGAGCUGCUGCUAAAGGCUGGAGCAAAUGCCAACGCCGGAAGCUUUGACGGUGUCAGACCUCUACAUGACGCAGUUUCCUCAGGACACUACGAGGUAGUGAAGCUUCUCCUGCAGUUUGGAUCAAACACGUGUUACAGGACGGUCGGCGGCCUGAGUGCACUCGACAUGGCACAGGACGAAAACAUGAAAGAGCUGCUUCUAACUUUUAGACCAUCCUCGGUUAUUAAUGAGAAGCCUGAACAACACACACCAGGUUGUAAAUCCUCUGAGGCUCAGUGCCACAAACAGCUCUGCAGCCAAAGCUCGAGUCCAAACGAACGAUCCAGAGAGUCAGGUGACAGAGACGGAGCCAGAGAGCCGGCUGACAUUCAGCUGAGAGAGAGACGCACCAACACUCAUACUCUGAGUCACUCAGAGGCCAUGGAGUUGGUUUUGGAGGAGGUGGGAAGGAAACAAACAGAAAUAUCAAACUGGUCUCUGACAGCUCCACUGGUUACAGGAAGAUUAAGUUCCGCUCUAACGCAGAUCCAGAACCAGCUGAUUGAGGUGCUGGACAAACAGAGUUUGGAGAAAGAUCAACUCGCCCAGAAACAGUGGAGCGUGUCCCACUCUCUCUGGCAGCGUGUGAUGAAGAGCCGACUCGUCUCCCUUGCUUCCCGUCAGAGGACCUUGGUGGGGCUUCUUCAGAAGCAGACGCAUUUGGUGGAGAUGUAUGUGACCAUGAAGGCCAAACUGUCUGUUCAGUCUCCAAACCCGCGACACAGUAACAAAGAAAGGCAGCAGGCCGAUCAGAUCUCCUCUCCUUUGUUCACAUCUCCCUCCUCUAAAGCCAGAGCCAGUCAGAGCUGCAGAGCACUCACACAGGAGGCUUGUGUGUUAACAUCUGCAGCUCAGCAAAAAUCCUCCUCACCUCCCGCUCCGACACUGACCAAUGCAAAGAAAAUAAGAAAUAAGAAAACAAGCCUCCGUCAGAGCACCACCCGACAUACAGAAAUCACUUUAAAACGAAUCAACUUUCGGGCUCAAGUGAGGAAUGCUCUGAUACAGACGAAAGCUGAAGACAGGCGUGGACGUCUCUCUGAGCUCAUCAAGAGGAAGGUGCUGAAGCCUGGGUCUCCUCUAAACCUCUUCACCAAGGGUCAGCAGCUUUGUGCUCUCGUCCUCGCUGACGGCUCUUUGAAGGACCUUAAAGGUAAAGUGCACCUGUCUCCUGAACGCUGGCUGGAGUCUGUCUUUGGUAACCACAUCCCCGUCGGCUCUUCAUACGCCUGGGACAAGGUGACAUUUGAAGGUAAACCUUUGUCUUCUUACACUCUGAACCUGGACACUGAAACAAACACACUUCCUGAGGUCGGUGUUCAGCUCUGCCGGGACUCUUCUGCACCAGAGGAUCUGACCCCAGAAGAGGCCAGCCUGAAGCGUCUGAUGAGAAUCCGAACGAUCCAUUUGGUGGAUGAUGAGGAGUGGCUGCCGAACGCUGUGAUGGAUAUUUACUGGGACAAACUCUUAAAGGACGAAUGUUUAGAACCACAGUGGACUUAGUUAUAAAUAUUUUCUAUCUACACAUUAUGUUCAUGUUUGUAUUCAGAUUUUUAACUCAUGUUUAUCAAUUUACUGUUCAUGUUGUGAUCAUUUAUUUACCUUACAUAUUGAUCUUUGUCUUUCCUCUUACAGACAUAUAUGUGUUAUUGUUGUUUAGAGUUCAGGUACAUGUUAAGAGCAGGUAAAAGUGAGUGUAGGUAGAAAUCUAUACUAUAGAAGCUCACUAACACUCAUUUGAGGGUUUGAAUACGUGUGGUGUGAGUCUGUUCAAUUUUUAUAAAAUGUUAGUAGCAUUUAUUAUAAAGACAACACUAAAUAUAAAUGUAUAGAAUACAAGUGUUUGCUUCCAUGUGUGGAUAAAAGUGGCCAUUACACUUUGCAAUAACAGUCUAUCAACUAAAUAAAAGCAUAAGUAAGUCAAGAUCUUGG